AUGUUCUCCUCUCUUGGCCUUUUUCGCAAUGUUGCAUGUCCUCGACAGGAUGACUGCAGCUUACAGACCUGUAUCUUCGCACACAGCUGGCGAAUAUCUAGUCCUGAGGCAGACCCCCUGCUCAACUCUGCGAAAGAAUAUGACCCCUUCAGCGCUGGCGACAUAUCAUCUCCGCCUCCAAAGAGAAGGAGGGUAGAAUCGCCUCCCGAGCCACCAGAGAACCCCGAUGUUGUGCAAUCGGAGACUAGAAGCUUAAAAGACUCUACCCCGUCAUCGUCGGGGAAGCAGGGACUUCCACCCUCCCGGACCGUGAGUCGUACCACGCAAGAAAACCCAACUCUGGGUCAGACUACACGCGAUGUGGUGCAAGAACGUGCCAAAUCAAAGCCAGCUUCGGCUGCAAGAUCCGUGUCACCUCCACCAACAAAGGCCCGCAAGGAGUCUUCGCUCUUGGUCAGAAAGCAACCCGUGAAAGUCGAAUCGCUGACGCCUCGCAACGUUCCGAAUGCUCCAGCUCUCCUUAAAACGAGAUUGACCGUGCUGCAGAAGUUGCACGAGGAGAUGCGGACCCAGAACAGCAAGCUUGCCAGUUCAGACAACAGGUCCAAGUCGCUCGUGCUAGAUGAACAGGAAUUGAUCAGGUUCGCACUCGACGAAGAGGAAACUGCUACGAGGUUGGGAGGCGAUAUCUACAAGAACACCAUGGCGCAAAAUAUUCUGCGAACCAGAAAGAUGACUAUGGAGGAGUGGAUCAAAAGAGUCUCCGAAUGGACCGGAGCUUCAUCGACGGCAAACGCCCAUACCAAGCCAGUUGACAAGAAUGGCGAUCUUCUUUCGAUUGGUCUCUCAUCUCUCAGUCAGCAGGUUGCUGUGCUUAAGCAUCUCCGCACUCCUCUGGAAGGCCUGGAGCAAUACGGUUACGUGACCACGCAACCAUCCAGCUCAGAAGUUGCCUCGGCGAAGGCAGGAUUGGCAGCAGCCAGGGGCUUCGAAAGCUGCGAUCGAUGUGGUACGAGGUUUCAGGUGUUUCCCGGUCGAGAUGAGAUGGGUCGCUUGACAAGCCAGGGACGGUGUCGUUAUCACUGGGCUCGGCCAAAUCGUGCGGCUCCUCAGAAGGGAGAUAGAAUUCAAGGCCAGUCAGAAGCAACCUACCCGUGCUGCAACAAGCCACAAGGCAGUGAAGGGUGUUCAGAAGCCGACUCACACGUAUUCGUCGUCAAAGACCCCAAGCGCCUCGCAACGAUCCUCCAAUUUGAGCACACCCCAGAAAAGCCUGACGUACGGCUAAGACAACCUGUUUCCUUCGAUUGCGAAAUGGGCUACACCACACAUGGAAUGGAAGUUAUUCGAGUGACGGCUGUCUCGUGGCCGGACGGAAGACUCCUGCUUGAUAUCUUGGUGCGACCGUUUGGGGAAAUUCUCGAUCUGAAUACUAGGUUCUCUGGAGUGACGAAGGAGGCCUUUGCCUCCGCGCUUCCGUACGAAUCCGAACUCUCUGACCCGGUCCAGAAGGCGCAUCUCGAUCAAUGCCAGCUCCGUAAAGUGGACUCGCCGGCUGCAGCCAGGCAAUUACUGUUCGAUCACAUCAGCCGAGAGACUCCCCUGCUAGGCCAUGCCAUCGAAAACGAUCUGAACGUGGUGAGGAUCAUACAUCCCUGCGUGGUUGAUACAGUCCUGUUGUAUCCUCACCCUCGAGGAUUGCCGAUAAGGUACAGGCUGAAGAUACUCAGUCAAAAGUACCUGUCGCGGGGCAUCCAGACUGCGGGCGAGGCUGGGCAUGACUCGAAAGAAGACGCAGUGGCUACGGGAGACUUGGUCACAAAGAAGGUUGCCGAGAAAUGGAAGCUGAUGAGAUAUGAAGGGUGGGCAUUCAUUGAUGGAAUCCUCAUGGCACCAGAGGAGACCAAAUCGGUGCGACACGUGCUUUAA